GCGAGGAAAGCUACAGCAAAUUCCUCGUCGCUUCACUGAAACAGCCAUCGCACAAGAGCCUCUCGACUUUGACUCGUCGUCUACCUUGCGAUGACUAGCCACAACUUUCGUCACUGUCAGACUAAAGACAUGGAACCGAAUUUGUACCAAUGGUGCCCUUGCACCAUACAUGAAUCCCCUAGGCAGCCUUUACCGCCACCGACGCGAUCACGAGAGUCAUCGUUGACUAUUCGCUCUUCAGUUGGACCACCGUCACUGGCUUAUUCUCAUUCAUCUGGCAGCUCGGACUCGAUGAGGUCGGCACCUCCAACACCUCCGCCUAUUGAACCAUAUCGAUUUAAGGCGCAGGCCAAUGUUCACCUAUUUCAGGGAAGGCAUAGGCCUAACGACAAUGUUGGUCCUGUGUAUGGUUCAGCCCGUCACGGAACCACUGCCAAGCCCAAAGUACUUAGCGUAUAUGAGCCACAAGCGCGCAAACCCGGCCAUCGAGUCUUUGUUUUAGCACGCGAUCGCGAUAAACAGUCGACUAUUCCCAACAAACCACUAGUCCGUUGCACCCCAACGGUAAGUCCCACUGAAUGUUUCCGACAACAACACCUAAUAUACAUGCUUGUAAAAUUUAGGAUAAAUUUUCCAAACACGUAUAUUACGCGCAGAGGACGGGAUCCCAUCCCACCCAAGAGUCCCUGCCAUCCAGGCCCAAUGUCGUCCUGUCCAGCUGGAACACCAAUCCCAAGUUUCCUUUCGAGCUUCACAGACUGCCAAAAGUCUCGAAGAAAACUAGCAGAGAUAGGAUGAGGAGCUGGUUCUCACCUAAUCCCAGUAAUGAUCCACGCGAUCCGAUAGUUGAGCAGACAAACCAACGAACUCUCCAACGACUCCGGCCUAACAUAAGACCCGGUCUUGGUCUUUCAAGUCCACCAAGUUGGACUCCGAAACCGAUCAUCAGCCCUCUUGCAAUGGUCCUUGAUCACUUUGAGCAAUUAUGAGAGAAAGAAGGGCUCCAGUGAGGAACGGCCUUCGUCGAUACCAAGAAAAUGUUGUUUAUAGAAUUCCUGUUACAUC